AUGGCUCAACCCCAAAGCGAUGAUGGAGAUAGCAAGGUACCGGCGCUUAUCAUCAUCGAUAUGCAGAACGACUUCGUCUCUGGUUCACUCCCAGUGCCGGACGGCGCCUCUAUCGUCGACACCAUAAAUUCUCUCUCCGCCCUUCCUGCUUUCCGAUUGAAAAUAGCGACGAGAGACUUCCAUCCGCCCGACCAUAUCUCUUUCGCAGAGACCCACGGCAAACCAACAUUCUCCACACUUACUAUAUUCCAUCCGGAUGACACAGAGAAAGAGAAAGGGAAGGAACAAGUCCUGUGGCCCGUGCAUUGUGUAGUGCACACCACUGGGGUUGAAUUUGUGCCGGGACUGGAGACCUCACAGCUCGACGCUGUGAUUGACAAGGGGACACAUCCUGGCGUCGAGUCUUACUCCGCAUUUCGCGAUAUCUGGGGUCGGGGAGUCACUCGUUUGCCAGACUUACUCAAGGAAAACCGCGUCACCGAUGUGUACCUUGUUGGUCUGGCCGGAGAUUAUUGUGUCAGGUACAGCGCGAUCGACUCCCUGGACUUCGGCUUUCGUACCUGGGUAGUUAAGGAUGCGACCAAGAGCAUCAAGGACGAGGAAGCAGUUUUCGAGGAGUUGGAAAAGCUGGGGAUCCGUUGCAUCACAUCGGAGGAAGUGCAGAAGCUUUUCCCCUAA